AUGUCAAGAGAUCAGCUUCUGGAGAAUCCUAUAGACCUUAUAAGGGAGACUAGGAGCAAUUUCUCAAUCUUAAACGAUUCAGAGUCCCUCGCAAAUGUCCAAAAGAACUUUGAAGAACUGCAACGAAUAGUCCAAGAGAAAGUAGAUAGAAAAGAUGGCGAGGUGAAACAGCUUGACUCAGCAGUAAGAAAGACAGAAAACAGGCUUGAGAUGCUGCGGCGUACUCGGGACGACUCAGGAACGGCUGAAGAUGGCAAUUCCAGCUCCGAAGAUGCGGAAAAACUGUUUCAGGAGCUUGAACUACUUGAACACAGAUUGGUCACUUUGCGAAAGCAAGUUGAUCUCGACAUAAAAGAACUAGCUCAAGAAAGUCGGGAAAAAAGUGAAGAACUUGUGCAGGAAGCACAGCCUGUAGAUCGCGAUCACAAAACAAAUAUUUUAAAAAUCCAGGUCUAUCGCUCAUUGGGGGUGGUUUUGGAUCUAUCAAACAAAAAUGCACUACUGAACAAAGCUGGCACUUUGGAUGUGGUGCCACUCGAUGACCCGGUGAGCGAUCAUUAUAAGACCAAGUAUUUGUGGGACAGCAUCUGA